CCUGUUUAAGUAGGACUAAAUGUCCAACGAAAUCCCUAUGAUAUGCUUGAAUAGUUACACAGUGCCAUAGGUAAUGAUAGUAUGGCACAACUAAACAGACAUGGAACAACAUUACUUAUUAAUGUGGCCAAAUGUAUUCAUUAGGUCUAGGUUAAGUAUGUUGCCUUCAGCAGCUUGUUUAGAGAAUAUCUUAACAGUCUGAGUUCUCCUUGGAGGAGGAAGUCUUGGCAGGAAAUCUGAGCGUCUCAGUUUCAGUCCUGACAUGUUCCUUCAGGACAACCAUUCCUCAACAACACCACUUUAGCAACGUUUUAACACCCGUUGCCCUGGGCUUUCGUCCUUUUCCCCAUCCACUGUUAGAUGGAAAGAGUCUGGUGAGUCAAUGCUGACGUCAUAGAGGAAGUUAAACCGGAAGUUGUUGUUUAGUCUUCUGAGACAUUGCAAACACAUUUGUUUUUUGAUUCCUAACCGUAUCCCGUAAUUACUACUUAUUGUAAACCACAGCUCUGACUGGAGCGCGUUACAUAAAGAAACCAGUUUCAUCUGAAGGGACUUGGAAAAUCCCUCUCGUAAGUCACCCCUGCACACAUUGUUCGACUUUAUGACCGUUUCGAAGCAUUGGACAAGGAGAAGACCGGCCUUCUCCGCCCACAGGACUUUGGAGCCAUUAAUAGGUUGGCGAUGAACCCCAUUGGGGAUCGGAUCAUUGGGGCUUUCUUCUCUCCAGGACAGGAAACGGUGGACUUCCACUCCUUUGUGAGGAUCCUGGCCCACUUCUGGCCUGCGGACAAAAAACGUCCCAAAGAUCCCAGUAUGCCUGAACCUGUCAACAGUAGGACCAGUAAAGUCAAGUUUGCUUUCCAACUAUAUGACCAGGACAAGGAUGGCAAAAUCUCCAGAGCAGAGCUUCUACAGGUGCUGCGGUCCAUGCUGGAGAUGCAGGUGACGGAGGAGCAGCUUGAGAGCAUUGCCGACCGCACCAUCCAGGAGGCUGAUCUGGACAAGGAUGAUGCCAUCUCCUUUGAGGAGUUCCGCAAGGUACCACCGGGAAGCGCUCUAACAAUGAGAUAUCAACAUGGGCCAUUGCAGCACAGUGCACCCAGAAUACUAAGUCAUACAUAUAGAAAAUUAUGUUGGCCAUUUCUGUAGUCAAACGGCAUACCGUACGUUGUACGAUGACAGUAUUUUGCGCCUCCUCUCAUAUUCAGUGGCUGCAUAAUGCUGUAUUUGAUUGUGAUGUAAUAUACCAAUUCCACCAUUCGUCGGUCUAUCUUUGGCUUUUCUUUUUCCCUACAGUCCCUGGAGAAGGUAAACAUCGACCACAAGAUGAGCAUUCGCUUCCUGCGCUAGCUAGAGUGGUUGCAUUAGGUCAACUGACCGUUCAGAGAUGUAGCCCACUUUGUGUCUACUCAUCCCUCCAUGGUAAAAACAAGGCUUCUGCAGGGAAAUAUUACUGAUUCUUUUAUCUGGAUGACUAAAUACCUUAAAUGACUGACUAAUAUGCUGUAUCUUAAUAUGUUUACUGUAUACUGGAGUAUGGGGAUCAUGUUCCAAAGUAUAACUGCACUAUAGGCCUAAUGUAUAAUUACAUAGUAACUGCUUUUAUAUAAUACAGUAAAAUGUAAUUUAAUAAUUUGUUGUUGUUGCAGAACCUACAUUUUAAAUUGGGUUCGUUUUUACAAGGGCAAACAUAAGCUUUAAUGAAGGGAAACUGAUACUUGAAGGUCACUCUUCCUUGUAAGACUUGACUGUAAUACGUCUCUAGAUGUAGCAGUCGUUGAUUAAUUACACUGAACAUGAGAACUAUACAUAUGUCUAUGAAAGUGAUACAAUAUUUCUACAAAUAAAUAUUUUUGUAAAUGA